GGUGGCUCGGAAACGACAGCCCCCGUCGGGCCUUGCGCGCCGCGGUCAGCUGCGCGGGGGCGGGGCCGGCCUGGCCCGUUCCAGGUCCGUGUGGAGCCGGCGGCUGCGGCGCGGUGGGGCCGGGGCGGGACGGGAGGCUGCGGCGGGGAGCGGGCAGGUGCCUUCUGAUGGUUCCAAGUGGAGGCCUUGGGUUGUAGCUGGUGCCCACCCAUUCCCCCCCCCUCCCUUCCCUCAUCUCCGAGCCCCCCCACCCCCACAUGUUCUGUACCUGGACUCCCUAAUGACAGCCUGGAUCAUCCUCCCCAUUAGCCUGUCCACCUUCUCCAUCACCGGGAUAUGGAUCGUGUACGCCAUGGCAGUGAUGAACCACCACGUGUGUCCCGUUGAGAACUGGUCCUACAACGAGUCAUGCUCCUCCAGCCCUGUCAAGCAUGGCUACCCCAAAAGCUGCUGCACCUUGGAAGAUGUCCCUCUGAUCAGUAAGUGUGGCACGUACCCCCCUGAGAGCUGCCUCUUCAGCCUUAUUGGGAACAUUGGGGCUUUCAUGGUGGUGCUGAUCUGCUUCCUGCGCUAUGGGCAGCUGAUUGAGCAGCGCCACCGCUCCUGGGUCAACACGACGGCGCUCAUCGCGGGCUGCACCAACGCUGCCGGCCUCGUUGUGGUUGGCAACUUCCAGGUGGACAAUGCCAAGUCCCUGCACUACAUUGGGGCGGGCAUCGCCUUCCCGGCGGGGCUGCUCUUCGUCUGCCUCCAGUGCAUCCUCACCUACCACACUGCCGUCAGCGCCCUGGACAGCUGGAUGGCACACCUCCGCGUCUCGCUCACCGGCGUGGCCUUAAUCUCGCUCGUCCUCAGUGGUGUCUUCUUCAUCCACGAGAGCCCCCUGCUGCAGCACCUGGCGGCCAUCUGCGAGUGGGUCUUCGUCAUCGACAUGCUGGUCUUCUACGGCACCUUCGCCUACGACUUCGGGGCCGUCUCCACCGACACCCUGGUGACGGCGCUGCAGCGGGCCAGCACCCGAGGCUGCAAGUCGCCCGGUGGCAGCAGCACCUCCACGCACCUCAACUGCGCCCCCGAGAGCAUUGCCGUGAUCUGAGCGGGGGCUCCCCCCUCCUUUAUUUUGUACCAAAAAAAGACAUUUUUUAAAGGAAAACACAGUAUUGGGGCUGCCCCCCACAGCAGGGCCCAGCCCAGCAGCACUCCCUGCUGGCCAGCCUGGCUGCUGCAUCAACAGCCAGAGGGCACCCUGGGGUGGGGCUGCCAGCCUUCUCCUGCAGGGACUGGCUCCCGGGGGCCUGCUGGGAACCGCCGGCCCUCACAUCUGCUGCAGAUCAGACCCCUGCUGGCAGUGGCUGCUCAGGGAAAGGUGACCGGAGCUGGCUGCAGGGCACGACUGCUCAUGCUGCUACCCCACUCCGCUGGGGGCUUUACCACCCCAGGCGGGGCAGCCUCUCCUGAGCGGGAGGCCCUCUGCACAGGGCUUGCUCAAGCCCCUGCCCCACCCAGGAAGGAUUUGGGGUAACCCCACAGCAAAGUGGGAGAGACACACAGGGCUGUUCCAUGGUGUCUGACCUUGCUGCUUCUCCUUGGGAGGGAGGGUCUUUUCUCUCCCAUCCCCAUUAACCCCUCUCCUUCCUCUCCCCCUCCUGGGAGAGGUCUUGGUGGUGGGGGGGGGAUGAGGUGGCAGGCAGCAAAGAGCCUCCCUCCUCAUCCUUCUGAGCUGGUUUCUUUCAGUAAAAUGGUUUGGUAUUUUUAGUACUUUUUAUAUCUAUAGGUGUGUAUAAAGGGACUUGUACUGGA